AUGAGAUUUUCGGCGCAGAAUGUUCGACCUGGUUAUGACAUGCUCAAAAAAGCGAAAGGCUGCUGCUGUUUUUACGCCACGCCACCUUCAGCUACUAUGGAUGAAGCUUUGGUUGAUUUCUUAGCCGCUGAGGAAGAAAAGCCCGAGUGGAUAGAAAAUCUCAUCUACAUUGUUCGUAUUCACUAUGCAAAGAACGACAAGGAAAAUACGAAGAAAUAUUGCAAUAAAUUACUUUCUCUUACGCCUACAGACGAAGAUGAACGUGAUCGACUGGAUGAAGCGAAGAAAAUACUAGCCAAGUGCUAAAACGGGUUUUAUACGCAUUUUGUUUUCUGUACUAUAUCAAGAUUAAAUAUUUUGCAUGUUUUAUUUACAUGACACCAUCAAAGUGCAUUUACU